ACAUCACGAUUGGUUAGGAAUCGAGCCUGAGCAAACUUCGCACGUUGCAUCGAUCGUAUCGAUACAUCUUGUUUACUGUGCGUUGGAAAUUCUCGCAGCUUUUCUUACUUACGUUGUUUGCUGUGCGCUCGCGUGUCGCGUUACAUUCGAAUUUAUGCGGGUGUGUUCCCGAUACCCGCUGGCCGCGUACUUCUUCCUACAUUCCACACUCCGUAGUGCGGUAAUGGAAACACCGAGGAAACAUCCGAAUCCAGAGUUGCUUCAGUAUUUCUCCUCCCUAUUGUCUUCUACAUGAUCCCCAAUAAAACUGCGAGUUUCGGUCGUGUCAUCGAAGCGUCGAGGUAAUAACGAGGUGCCCACCAUGGAAAACAAAAGUAGCAACAAUUUCAUCAGUUACGUGGGAUUGGAGGAGCACGAGAUGCAGACUUUCAAUUCCAGUCGACGUAAUUCGUUGGUCGAGAACGGUAUAAAAUUAUUACCGGGAGAGGUUCUCAUCGCUGAAGCACAAAGUGUCCUUAUGUUCUCGCCUGUCAGUGACCUGAAACAAGGUAUAUCCGGCAACCUGUCAGUGACCAAUUUCAAACUUACGUUUGUCACCAGCGAUGACUUGUCAAACGAGGAGGAUAUUACUCACCAGCAGAAUCAUUUGUAUGGAUAUACGGAUACCUGCCUGACAAAUAUCGAUGAAAUUUACAUAAUGGGUGACAAGAAAAAAAAACUAGUCCCUGGUAGUACAGUACCAUCGAAAGUAAAAGGAAUAUUUAUUGUUUGUAAAAAUCUAAGAACGUGGUCCUUCUCUUUUAAAUUUUCGCCACUUGGACAUGGCAAGAAUCUUCUGACCGCGUUACUGCAUCAUGCCUUUCCUAGGAGACAUCAACUGUUAUUCGCCUACGAUUACAAAGAGGCUUACUAUAGUAGUCUUGACAAAAAUGUCCAAUUAUUUCGGGACAUCGCAGACUGGCAAAACGAAUUGAAAAGAACAUUACGCAGCGAUGAAAUAAGAAAGGGUUGGAGAUUAUCCAUGGUUAAUGCGAAAUUCCAGCUUUCUCCUAGUUUAUCGCAAUACGUAAUUGUGCCUGCAUCUGUGACAGACAGACAAUUAACAGAUGCUGCUAAACACUUUCAAGGUAACAGACCGCCCGUGUGGUCCUGGACGAACGCACACGGUGCAGCUUUAGUAAAAAUGCCGGAAUUAUUACCAACAAUUACCGAGAGGAUGCACGAAAAUAUUAUGUUCGAGAAUAUUCGUAAGAGCCAUCCGCAGAAGAAUCCUCCAGUUGUUAUCGAAUUGAACAAGGAGAUCAAUUUGAAACUAGUAGCGGCGGCCUUUACCAAAUUUAUUAACUUGUGUUCACCAGAGAACAUCAGACAAUUCUGGAUUCAGGAUAAUAAUUUUUAUUCAUUGCUAGAAACUACAAAAUGGCUGAAAUAUAUCUCGUAUUGUUUGCAAAAAGCAGUCGAAGUUUGUGACCAUCUCAAUUUAGGAAUUUCUGUUAUCUUACAAGAGACCACUGCUAGAGAUUUAUGCUGCAUUAUAUCAAGUUUAGUUCAACUGCUGUUGGACCCUCACUUUCGUACCAUAACCGGCUUUCAAUCGCUAUUACAAAAAGAAUGGGUCGCCGGGGGUCAUCCGUUUUGCGAUAGAUUAGGUCACAUCGUUAAACCAAAUUCGGAAAAGUCUCCACUGUUUCUCCUGUAUCUGGAUUGCGUUUGGCAAUUAACCCAACAAUUUCCGACGGAGUUUGAAUUUACGGAAACGUAUUUGACCACGUUAUGGGAUACGGCGCACGUAUCCAUUUUCGACACCUUUAUCUUUAAUUGCGAAAGAGAUCGAGCAGUGGCAGCUAUGGACCCUAACACACCUCUGGUACUUCGCAGCGUUUGGGACUGGCGAGAGCAGUUCAACGAUCAGGACAUCUUAUUAUUUUACAAUCCCUUAUUUAUCCCUCGCAAUGUGGACAAGGCGGAAGGACAGGAGAGACAAUGCAGGACAAUUAUAAAACCCUUGUACACUAUUUCUAGUUUGGAACUUUGGACGCAAUGCUACUUUCGUUGGAUACCGACCCUCGAAAUACAUAAUGGUGGCCAAAGGCAUAUCGAACUCUACGUUAGACUGCUUCAGAAUGACGUGAAUCAACUUAAAUUAAAUAUAAAUGAUAACCAUGGCUCGUCCGUAAAUAAGAUUGGUACCUACUCUCUUCACACAAAUAUCGAUAGCUUUCACCCCUUUAGUAACAAAAGAUCAGGAAAUCUCGUUAACGCUCCAAUUAUGAAUAGUUCAAUCUUCUUAACGGAGAACCUAUUAGACGCGCAGUCACUAAUAACCGCAACCGACUGAUAGAACGCUAUUUUGAUACCACUCAGGAUGUACCUGAUUACAUUUUUUUCAACACUAAUUUCUAAACGAUUUCCACUAGUGAUGAACUAGUUAAUUUACGAUAUUGAUUAUCGUAUUUUAUCUAGACUUCAGUCAAGGUUUUGUUAAACGAACAUGUACGAAACGGAACGAGAAGUUAUGUUAAAAUUUAUUAGCUUUUAUUGAUGAUUUUUUAAAACAUGUCAGAAAGAUGAUAACGUAAAGAAGAGGAAUGGAUUAUAGAUUUCAAGAAUAUUAUAAAGAUAUAUAUUCUCUGAAAAUCUAUGACAUUCCUAUAUAUAAGUGUGUGUGUGUGUGUGUGUGUGUGUGUGUGUGUGUAUAUAUAUAUAUAUAUACAUUUCUUUUUAAAUUAUUCAUGAUUUUUUGACAUUUUCAACAUAAAUUUUGAUCAGAGGGUAGGAACAUUAAAAUAUGUCUUAAAUUCUUAGUGCAAUGGAGAGCAGCUAAUUUUUUUUAUUUCACGAAACGAUAAAAAUAUCUAUCUCAUCAAUAAAUUUUUAUGUUCUUAUUAAAUUUGUACAACAAGCUAAUGUUACAGAGACAAGUCGAGCUUUAAGAGAUAGUUAUAGAAAAUACGAUACUUGUACAAAUUGCAAUGCAAAUAUAAAGAAACUUAGAUAAUUUUAAUACUUAGGGCGCAUUUACAUUGUUACAAAAACAAAUAAAGUUUAUAGUUGGAUGAAACAUGUUGCAUUAAAUAAGUUUUCUGUAACAAUCUAUGUCAUAAUUUAUACAUAAUUUAUUUUGAGAUAUUGUAAAUACUAUUAUUAAAUAACAUUUAAAUA